AUGGCCUACACGACAGCGGGGGGGACCAAGAAGAAGGUGUGCUACUACUAUGACGGCGACAUUGGGAAUUAUUAUUACGGCCAGGGACAUCCCAUGAAGCCACAUCGCAUCAGAAUGACCCAUAACCUUCUCCUGAACUACGGCCUGUACAGGAAAAUGGAGAUCUAUAGACCUCACAAAGCCACAGCAGAAGAAAUGACCAAGUACCACAGCGACGAUUACAUAAAGUUCCUGAGAUCGAUAAGGCCUGACAACAUGUCCGAGUUCAGCAAACAGAUGCAGCGAUUCAACGUGGGUGAAGACUGUCCCGUGUUUGACGGUCUGUUUGAGUUCUGUCAGCUCUCGUCUGGAGGCUCGGCUGCUGGCUCCGUGAAGCUGAACCGGCAGCAGACUGACAUCGCGGUGAACUGGGCUGGAGGUCUUCACCACGCCAAGAAAUCUGAAGCGUCUGGGUUCUGCUACGUCAACGACAUCGUGCUUGCCAUCCUCGAGCUGCUCAAAUACCACCAGAGGGUGCUGUACAUAGACAUCGACAUCCACCACGGAGACGGCGUGGAGGAGGCCUUCUACACCACAGAUCGGGUCAUGACUGUGUCUUUCCACAAAUACGGAGAGUACUUCCCUGGAACUGGAGACCUCAGGGAUAUCGGAGCUGGGAAAGGCAAAUAUUACGCGGUGAACUUCCCUCUGAGAGACGGCAUCGACGACGAGUCGUACGAGCAAAUCUUCAAACCAGUCAUGGCCAAAGUGAUGGAGAUGUAUCAGCCCAGUGCCAUAGUCCUUCAGUGCGGAGCAGACUCUCUGUCCGGAGACCGACUCGGCUGCUUCAACCUCACCAUCCGAGGACAUGCCAGGUGUGUGGAGUACAUGAAGUCCUUCAACCUGCCGCUGCUGAUGCUGGGAGGAGGAGGCUACACCAUCAGGAACGUGGCUCGGUGCUGGACCUACGAGACCGCGGUGGCCCUGGACACCGAGAUCCCUGAUGAACUUCCGUACAACGACUACUUUGAAUAUUUCGGACCAGAUUUUAAACUUCACAUCAGUCCAUCCAACAUGACCAACCAGAACACACAGGAGUACAUGGACAAGAUCAAGCAGCGUCUCUUUGAGAACCUGCGCAUGUUGCCUCACGCUCCUGGGGUGCAAAUGCAGGCCAUCCCAGAGGACGCCAUUCCAGACGACAUCGUGGACGAGGACAAGGAGGACCCAGACAAGCGCCUCUCCAUCCGAGCCACAGACAAGAGAAUCGCGUGUGACGAGGAGUUCUCCGACUCUGAAGACGAAGGAGAAGGCGGCAGGAGGAACGUGACCAGCAACAAGAAGGGAACCAAGCGGCCGCGAGUGGAGGACGACAAGAAGGAGGCGGAGGACAAGAAGAUGGAAAUUAAAGAGGAGGAGAAGGCGAAGGACAUUGGUGCUGAAAAAACUGAUUCUAAAAGUGUGAAAACGGAGCAGACCAGCAGUGCCUGA